AUGUAUAUACCAUCAACAUCGACCUUACCAUUCAACCCUACGCCCACUUCUUGGAUCCCUUUGUCUUUCUGGGCCACUUCAUCUUCCACUCUGCGCGUCAGCAGUUCUGCUGAACUCAUCAAUAUACCUUCGAUGACUGUGACAACCACUUUGGCUGUGACAACCACCUGGGCUGGGACAAACACCUGGGCUGGGACAAACACCUGGGCUGGGGCAAACACUUGGGCUGGGACAAACACUUGGGCUGGGAUAAACACUUGGGCUGGGACAACCAAUACUGCUGCCACCUCUACCGUGACUGUGUCACCCAGCUCUUCUCCGAUAUCUUCCACGACUGCAACACCCUCAGCAUCACCAUCUCCAAAGAUUACUGAUAGAAAAGAAUUCCAAAUUGGCCUCCCAGUCGCAUUGGUCGCAUUAGUCGCCUUCUUCGUAUUGGGUUUCCUCUGGCGCCGUCGCAGAAAAGGCCCAAAAUCCGGCUAUCAAACCGGAGAGACCAGGGAUACAGAAAACGGCGAUGUUCAAUCCCCGUUCAUGGCCCAUUACAACCCGACCGAGCCUCCAGUACCACACCCUUACGCCCAACGCUUCCCAGUAAACACACCGCCUAACGAUGAGAGAGGCUCUGCAUACAGUCGCUCACGCUAA